AUGGCGGCGGCGAUCAAGGCUCUCAACGCCAAAAUCCGGUCCAAUCCGGUAUGCGCAAACCACAACAGUACACACAUCCCGGGACGGGGAGAGUGGGAGCUGAUAGCGACGGGAUCGAAAUAGGUGGCCGACUACUUCUGUUCGACGCAUUUCUGGGGACCCGCAAGGUAUACACACACCCUUCAUGACCCUCCCAGACGAAGAGAGAAAGUCCUACAUGUAUAUACUGACCAACUCCGCCAGUAACUUCGGAAUCCCCAUCGCCGGUAAAACCCACCGCCCACCACCACAUCCUUCCAUCCAUCCAUCCGUCCACUAACCGUUCUUCCCAAAAGCCGUCAUGGACACCCAGAAAGACCCCGAAAUCAUCUCCGGCCGCAUGACCGCCGCCCUCUGCGGCUACUCGGCCGUCUUCAUGCGCUACUCCAUGGCCGUCACCCCGAAGAACUACCUCCUCUUCGGCUGCCACGCCGUCAACUUCACCGCGCAAGCGACGCAAGCGUACCGAUACGUCAACUGGUGGUACAUGGGCGGGCGAGAGAAGAGCUUCGAGCAGAGGGCCAAGGAAGGGCUGAAAGGCGCCGAGGCGGGGCUGGAGGGCGUUGCGGGGAAAGCGCAGGCGUUGGCGGGAGAGGCCAAGGCGAAGGUGAGUAGGUAGUAGUGGAAGAAGAUGACGGCGAAGAUAAUGAGAUUGUGUGCUAAUAAUGGGUGGGGUCGAAAUUCAGGCUGGUGAUUUGGCGGAAGGCGCGAAGAAGCAGGUGGAGAAGGUUACGAGGUAA